AUUUGUAGAAAUAGAACUUCGCGGAAUCUGGCCAUGAAAUAUCUCUUAUUCCCGUAACCAUGCAGCAUCAUGCAUGGACUGGCUUUACAAAACUCCAAAUUCCAAAUAGUUUAUUCAUAUCACGAAGAGAGACUCGGUUCUCGCCUUUUUACGGGACACUUGCGCCAUCCUAUCCCCUGUGCUCUCCCCGCUAUUAAUAAUAGGGUGGUUCCUCUUCCCCAUUCGAAUUUUAGCUUCUUCUCUAGCUCGUACACCUCCUCGGCGACGCUCCGGCGGCCGUUCUUCAUCGAGCACCGGAGGGCGAGAAGGAGAUGACAACGGAGGCGAAACCACCCUGCAACCACUUUCCCUACUUCUUCUUCCUCUUCCUCCUCCUCGUCGCGAGUUCUCUCGCACGGAGCGACCUCGACGUGCUCCUGAAGCUCAGGACCGCCUUGGCCGCACCAAACUCCGCCGCCCUCCGCGACUGGGUCGGCCCCUCCUCCUCCUCCACGUCGCCGCCUUCUCCUCCGCAUUGCUCCUUCACCGGAGUCACGUGCGAUGCCUACUCGCGGGUCGUCUCCCUCAACCUCACCUCCGCCAGGCUCUUCGGCCACAUCCCCCCCGAAAUCGGCCUCCUCCGCGACCUCGUCAACCUCACGCUCACCGCCGACAACCUCACCGGGACCCUCCCAACGGAGCUGGGCGACCUGACGUCCCUCCGCUUUCUCAACCUCUCCGGAAACCUACUCUCCGGGGGCUUCCAUGGCGGAGUCCUGAGGGCGAUGACCGAGCUCGAAGUCCUCGACGUGUAUAACAACAACUUCACGGGGCUGCUGCCGCCGGAGGUGGUGGGGCUCAAGAAGCUGAAGUGGCUCGACCUCGGCGGAAACUACUUCACCGGCGAGAUACCGGAGGUUUACUCGGAGAUGGAGAGCCUGGAGUACCUGGGCCUGCGGGGGAACCAGCUGACCGGCAGAGUACCGGCGAGCCUCGCGAAGCUGAAGAAUCUCCAGAAGCUUUUACUUGGCUAUUACAACUUGUACGCCGGUGGGAUUCCGGCGGAAUUCGGGUCUCUGAAAGAGCUCAGAUAUCUCGACAUGGGGGGCUGCGGCCUCUCCGGCGAGAUUCCGGCGAGCUUGAGCGAGCUAAAGAAGCUUGACACUCUGUUCCUCCAGCUGAAUAAUCUCACGGGCUUUAUCCCCUCAGAGCUCUCGCAGAUGCCGAGGCUCAUGUCCCUUGACCUCUCCAACAAUUACCUCACCGGAGAGAUUCCGGCGACCUUCUCCGAGCUGAAGAACCUGACUCUCCUCAACCUGUUCGCGAACAACCUAUACGGCCAGAUCCCCGAUUUCGUUGGCGAGCUGCCGAACCUGGAGACCCUCCAGGUUUGGAACAACAACUUCACGUGGAAGCUGCCGGAGAGCCUAGGAAGGAACGGGAGGCUGAGGUUUCUCGACGUCACGCAGAACCACUUCACCGGCACGAUCCCUCGGGACUUGUGCCGGGGAGGGAGGCUCGAGACGCUGAUCCUGACGAACAACUCGUUCUUCGGCCCGAUUCCUGAAGAAAUUGGCGAGUGUAAGUCGCUGACCAAAGUCCGAGUCGGCAAGAACUGCCUCAAUGGAACGAUUCCCCGGGGGAUCCUCAACUUGCCGCAAGUAACUAUGAUCGAGCUCAACGACAAUCUCUUCUCCGGCGAGCUCCCGGCCGAGAUGUCUGGCGGGAUCUUGGUAAGGCUGAUGCUCUCUAACAACUGGAUCUCCGGUGAGAUCCCUCCGGCGAUUGGCAACUUCAGCGGCUUGCGUACUCUGUCCCUGGACGCGAACAGGUUCUUCGGCGAAAUUCCCAGCGAGCUUUUCUCGCCGAGAUCCCUCCUGGCGGUGAACAUCAGCGGGAACAAAAUGAGCGGCGAGAUUCCUGGUUCGGUCGCUCGGUGCACUUCUCUGGAAGCCCUAGAUUUGAGCAGGAACAAUCUCGCUGGCGAGAUUCCUAAAGGCCUGUCUCGCCUGAAAGUGUUGGGCGUCCUCAAUCUGUCAAGCAACAGAUUGACCGGCCCAAUUCCGAGGGAAAUUCGCUUCAUGACCAGCCUGAACACGCUCGAUUUGUCCUUCAACGAUCUCUCCGGCGAAGUCCCCCGCGAGGGCCAGUUUCUCGUAUUCAAGAACUCCUCCUUCAUCGGAAACCCGAAGCUCUGCUUGCCAGGCCGCUCGUCUUGCCCUUCGCGGUCAAGCGCCUCGCUGUCUUCCUCGAGGGUUGUGAUCGUGGCAAUCUCACUCGUGACCGCCGCGCUGCUCAUCACCGUCACGGUCUACCAGGUCCUGAAGAGGAGGAGGCGGGGCGCGAGGGCCUGGAAGCUCACAGCGUUCCAGAAGCUUGGCUUCAAGGCCGAGGACGUGCUUAAGUGCCUGGAGGAGGAAAACAUCAUCGGCAAAGGUGGCGCGGGUAUCGUCUACCGUGGGUCGAUGCCCAACGGGGAGGACGUCGCCAUCAAGCAGCUGGCGGGGCGGGGCAGCAGCGGGCGCAGUGACCAUGGCUUUUCAGCAGAGAUUCAGACGCUCGGACGGAUCCGACACCGGAACAUCGUGAGGCUCCUCGGAUACGUCUCCAACAAGGACACCAACCUGUUGCUGUACGAGUACAUGCCUAAUGGAAGCUUAGGGGAGUUGUUGCACGGGUCGAAAGGCGGCCACUUGCAGUGGGAGACGCGGUAUCGGAUCGCUGUGGAGGCCGCGAAGGGGCUUUGCUACCUCCACCAUGAUUGCUCGCCGCUGAUAAUUCACCGGGACGUGAAGUCCAACAACAUUCUGCUGGAUUCGGACUUUGAGGCGCACGUCGCGGAUUUUGGGCUGGCCAAGUUCUUGCAGGACGCCGGCGCGUCGGAGUGCAUGUCGUCCGUGGCCGGCUCCUACGGCUACAUAGCCCCAGAGUAUGCCUACACGCUGAAAGUGGACGAGAAGAGCGACGUGUACAGCUUUGGAGUCAUGCUGCUAGAGCUGAUAGCCGGGAGGAAGCCGGUGGGGGAGUUUGGCGACGGUGUGGACAUUGUGAGGUGGGUGAAGAAGACCGCGUCGGACCUCCCGCAGCCGCCAUCGGAUGCGGCUUCAGUGCUCGCUGUGAUUGACUGCAGGCUGAGUGGGUACCCGAUGGCGAGCGCGAUCCAUCUCUUCAAGAUUGCUCUCCAGUGCGUCGAGGACGAGAGCUCCCAGAGGCCCACCAUGAGAGAAGUCGUCCACAUGCUGACAAACCCUCCUCCGACCGCCAAUGUCGCUGAAUCUUCGGAUCUCAUCAAACUGUAGGGAGUCUUCCGCCAUUUUCUCAGUAAAAUAAAAGCUGAUAGGGCUUUGCAAAUGAUCUUGGCCAGAAGAGGCUGUGUAUUGGGUGAAUGUUCAAAUUUCAUGUAAUAAGGUUUGUCUGUGCAAGCGGUCCUGAAUGUAUCUUUCCUUCUGUGGUUGUUCAAUGUACAGAAGCUUAAAGUCUCUUGAAAAA